AUGCCUGAUCAAACUCAUAUGGAUUUCCAAUUAAAAUGGGGCGUAGCCGGCGUGGGUAUGAUAGCUCACGACUUCCUGACUGCGCUGGGCACGCUACCGGCUGACCAGCACAAGGUCGUCGCCGUGGCCGGCAAAGAUAUAGAACGUGUCCACAGAUUGGCCACGCUCCACAAAAUCAACACUGCUUACGAAGGCUACGAGUCACUGGCGCGUGAUGACUCUAUAGACAUUGUAUUCGUGAGUGUACUCAAUUUGCAGCAUUACGAAAUAACUAAAUUAAUGUUAGAGAACGGUAAACACGUGCUAUGCGAAAAGCCUAUGGGCAUGACUUACAAACAAACUAAAUCGCUGGUGGACCUGGCUCGCGAGAGGAAACUGUUCCUCCUUGAAGGGAUGUGGUCGAGGUUCUUCCCUGCUUACGACGCUUUGGAUCAGCACAUAUCUUCGGGCGGGCUUGGGGACAUCUAUCACAUCAGCAUACAGUUUGGGGUUGAGAUUAACGACAUUGAAAGGAACUUAAUGAAAGACUUGGGAGGCGGUGCAGUGUUAGACUUGGGCAUAUACAUGUUGCAACUAGUGCAGUUUAUAUACAAGGACCCGCCUACUGACAUCGUGUGCACGGGGCACCUAAGCAAGGCUGGAGUGGACGAGUCCAUCUCGUGCGCGCUCAAGUACAAGGACGGCAGGACCGCCACUGUAUCCGCGCACACAAGAGCUAAUAUGACCAACAAGGCGGAGAUCGUGGGCACAAAGGGAGCUAUCACGCUGGACUACUUCUGGUGUCCCACGGUACUACAAAUAUCGGCAGCUAACAAUACCGAGUGGAGUUUACCUAAAGGAAAAUACAAGUUCCAUUUCCAUAACAGCGCAGGCCUCAGUUACGAAAUACAAGAAUGUUGGGACUGUCUCAGUAAAGGCCAGCUGGAGAGUCCGAAAAUGUCAUUGGAUGAAACUGUUCUACUCUCAAAAUUAACAGACACCAUGCGAGCUCAAGUAGGUGUCUUGGAAGCUGAGCUGAAUUAA